AUGAUCGCCACCGCCAUGCUCCCUCGCGUCAGCCUGCGCACCGCCGCUGCGUCUGCGCUGCCCCUCCGUCGCGGAUUCGCCACCUCGCGCGUCGACCUCGCCAACACGCUCGUCUUCCUCGAGCACAAGAAGGGCACCUUCAACCCCGCCGCCCUCUCCGCACUCACCGCCGCCCAAAAGCUCGGCGGCGACAUCGACGCUCUCGUCGUAGGCUCCGAGGCCGAGGCCAGCGACGUCGCCUCCAAGGCUGCCAAGCUCCCCGGUCUCAAGAAGGUGCUCUUCGCCAAGCACGCCGACUUUGCCAACAACCUCUCCGAGCCGCUCGCUCCGCUGCUCAAGAAGAUCGUCGAGUCCAACUCCUACACCCACGUCUGCACCGGCCACACCGCCGUCGGCCGCGACAUCUUCCCGCGUGCCGCCGCGCUCCUCGACUCGUCCCAGGUGUCCGACAUCAUCGGUCUCGAGGGCGAGGACACCUUCGUACGUCCCAUCUACGCCGGCAACGCCAUCGCCACCCUCAAGAGCUCCGACAAGGUCAAGGUCUUCACCGUCCGCGGCACCGCCUUUGAUGCUGCCGCGCUCGAGGGUGGCAGCGCCACCACCGAGGAGGUCAAGCCCGACUCCGUCGAGUCGCCCACCGACUUUAUCGAGGAGAAGGUGUCCGAGUCGUCGCGCCCCGACCUCGCCACCGCCUCGCGCGUCGUCUCGGGCGGCCGCGCCCUCAAGUCGUCCGAAAACUUUGUCAAGUACAUUGAGCCGCUCGCCGACUCGCUCAACGCCGCCGUGGGCGCUUCGCGUGCCGCCGUCGACGCUGGCUACGCCGACAACGCGCUCCAGGUCGGUCAGACGGGCAAGAUCAUCGCUCCCGAGCUCUACGUCGCCAUCGGCAUCUCGGGCGCCAUCCAGCACCUCGCCGGCAUGAAGGACAGCAAGACCAUCGUCGCCAUCAACAAGGACGCAGACGCUCCCAUCUUCCAGGUCGCCGACCUCGGCCUCGUCGCAGACCUCUACGAGGCCGUGCCCGAGAUGCUCGAGAAGAUCAAGUAG